CUUGUGAGAGCACGUGUCAGGGCCGUUACAGCACACAGUCCUCUGAUGCCUUCGAAAAGGAAAAAGUUAUCCAGAGAAGAAAUAUUACAGAAAAAGAGGGAAGCUGAACGUUUGAGGUACCAACGAAAAAAGAAUGACCCGCAAAUGAGGGAAGAAAUGCGAAUAAAGGAGAAGUUGAAAUAUGAAAGAAAAAAGGAAAAAGGCUUGAGAAAAUUAGCCAAAGACAUGACUUCACGUGAAGAUAGGGCUGCCUUAAAAAAGUGGAGGGAGCAUUGUGCUGCUUACCGGGCCAAACAAAAGGAUGCGACAGUGGCUCUCAAUACACCACGUGCAAACAUGCUUUCAUCUGAUCAAGGAAGCCCUUGUUCAUCUGCAGGAUGCAACACUUCAGUUUCCAUUGACUUUCCUAGUAACCAGAUCCCUACGGUAACGGCUAUCAAUUCACAUCGAAGAAGGCAAGCCAAAAAGCGGAGAGAAAAAGUGAAUAAGGAAAAGGAUGAGAAGAUAGAAGCUCUAAAGAAAAAAGUAGAUAAAUAUAGGAAAAGAAUAACAAGAUUAAAAUAGAAGUAAGAAAAAUAAAGCAGACACACCCAACACUAAAAUGCAGAAGAUGUUGAAUGAACCUGGAGGUAGAAAAGAAGUGGUUAAGAAAGUGUUGUUUAGCGACGUUUUAAAUGAACAACUCAAAGAAAAUUAUUCAAAUUUAAAAUGUAUUAAAGAUAAACAAAUAUUUACGAAAGUCUUGUCUGG